GGUCCCUGAAAGAAAGCCUACAGUUCAUGUCAGUCUGGGGAGAAGUAGGAGGAAAAUAAGGUGAAAACGUGUGAGGUGAAGAUGGAAGGAAUGGUUUGAAGACGUGCUCUAAAAGCGUCAGUGUAUCCCACGCUGCCAGAUAAAUGCCAGAAUUGAUCUUUCUUUAAUUGCUGUGUGACACUGGACGUCAGCACCAAAAUGGGCAAUGAGAACAGUAGUGCAGAAAAUCAGAGCGCUCCACAGGAUUCAGAAUUAGACCACCCACCUGGUAAGGGGCACGGCAAAAGAAGCAACCCCCAGGAAAACAGCGUUGGAGGAUCUGGAGCUCAGGACAUCUCAGAGCUUCUUCCUGCUGCUGUGCGGCUGGCCGAGAGCACAUCUCCCUUGAUUCCAGAACCUACAAGCGUCAGUAAUGAAGGCAUCAGUAGCUCCAGCGCUGAAGAUUUGUCCGAUCCAAAUUCAAGCGGGGUGCCUGCAGAGGUGACAGGACAGAGCAGUGCCUUGCAAGACCAUGGAGGACAAGCAGGCUGUAGUGUCCUACAGCAGACAGCGGAAGGAAAAGAGGGAAGUCUGCCUACCCCAAUGCCUUUAGCAGGCUCUUCCGAAGAAGAAGUUGCAGCAGAUCUUGCAAGCAGCAAUGACAAAUUGCCAACCUCAAACUGCAAUGAAGCUGUGCCACCGCCGGGUCCAGUGAGUGACAAAGAAGAGGGAAUAGCACGUGGCGUAUCUGAGGACAGAGGCCCCGAAUGUGACCCUGCUGCACCUGCUUUGAAAACCUCUGAGGAGGAUCCCAGAAACCCAAGCCUGCAGCCCAGCCCUCCUACAGCAACGCAAGGAGUCACAGAAAUGAAUUUGAGUGAGUUAGGGGCGUUGGGGCAGAGUGAGCAGCUGGGUGACAUGAGGGAACCACAUGUCAGCACGUUUCCCCAGGGCAAAGAAGCAGGGGAUUAUUUUACUGCUCAGGAGGCCGAGCAGGAGCUGGGAGUUUUGGAAGUAGGUCAGCCGCAGGCUGUAAUGCAGCAAGGUAGACAGAACCCAGAUGGUGGAGAGGGUCUGCUAAUGAAAAAGGAAACCUUAAUCCCAAAUUAUCCAGCAACAGGAGGCUCAGAUGGUGAAAAAUUUGGAGCGAUUGCAAACACUCAGGGUUUCGUUGUGAGGCCUGAGAUCAGUGAGGUCUGUAGUACACAGAAGGGGGCUGUAACAACAGCUAGAAGGAACGAGGUAAACCCAGCUCUGUCUGGGAGCCAAGGAGAGCAAUCCGAAGCCUGUACUUCAGCGUCAGAGUUACCCCUUAAUGCUCCAAGUCUCUUCCCGGUACCAAAGCCAGAAGAACCUUUGAGGGAAUACGUGCCUGGAAAUGACUAUCAAGAUCCGAUGAAAAGCGAGGCAAUGAAAAUAGCCUCUGAAAAAAAUGAACCCAGUUUUGAAAGAGAGCUUCAAAAGGAGGAUGAGCUUAGUGCUGAGCGCUUCAGCGCGCCUUUAUCAUUUAAGCAAGAGGAAGAACAAAAAUCAGCUGUCACAACUGAAAGCCAAAAAGAUGAAGCCAGUAGCAAUGAAAUCAUAAAAGCUGAUGAUGUGUCUAGAGAAAGCACCACGCUUUCUGAAGCAGAAAUCAUUACCAGUCCCACCAAGGAAAUUUCCCCGGUAGAUAAAAGAUUAUUACUGGGAGAAUAUGCAUUAAGUACUUCUCUGAGCAGAGCCGCGGAGCUGAAUCAAAAGGGAGCUGAUGUGAGUGUAUCGGGAGGGAAAAACAGAAUGAGAGCAGAGGAGGCACACGUGGCAGAAACCAGUGCAUUACCUGAAGGGCCAAGUGGGGCAGAAAGACAACUCUUGAGCUCUCUUAGUAGCCACGAGCAGGAUGCAGAAGAGACCCCCUUGAGCCACAAUCCCAGAGAAUCCAGUCUUUGUGAAAAGACUUCAGCAGGUGGCCCAAAGGAAGAAGCUGUGGGAAAGCCCCUGAAUUUAGGCGGUGACUUUAAGUCAUCUGAAGACCACUCAGACCCUCUGGGCUGUAACCCUGAACAACGACUGAGCGAGGGGAAAGCAGCUGCCACGGAUGACCCGGAGAACAAGGGCAGCUUUGCGCUGGCGGCCUCGCCGCAGCGUCCGAGGGCAGGAUGCCCGCCGAGCGUUGAUUGCUUUCACUCUGAGACAGAAGGCAAAACUUUGGGCCAGCCAGGCUCUAAUGGGGCUGAAGAGGUUUGUUUAGCUGGGGCACACAGUUCGCCGCUCCUCCGCCCUGAGAACAAUAAUGUUCUGCAGAGUAAGCAGGAUGAGUCCUCGGAAGAGGCUUUUCCUAGAGAAGCCGCGUUAGAAACUGGGUACAAAACGGAGAGUCGAGGCAAGCCCGGGAGCUAUAGCGAGUCAGAAGAAGGCACAAAAACGUCCAGAUCAGUGCUUGAACGUCAGGACUUAAAUGAAUUGGCAGGGGCUGUGGGUUGCAUUGCUGCUCAAACUGAGGGGGCCUCACAAAUUUUGGAAACCGGAGAGCAGAGCGGGCACCUCAGCGACGUGCCUCGCAGCGAUGCCGCCUGCAGCACUGCCGGGGACGGCAAAGAGCACGAGGCUGCUGUUCAGCGGGAGAAGCACCACGCUGCGGUGCGAAGUUUUGUGGAGGACAAAGGUUUGGCACUGAAAACUGAGCACGAGGCUGAUAUGCUGAUGCAAGCUCAGCAGGAGCAAGGGGCUGCAGAAGGUCAUGGAAACGUGCAGAUGGCUUGUGCAGGAGUCGGUAGGGCAGAGCUCGUCCCUCGGCCACCUCAGGAGGAAGGAGUGGGUGACGGCACCAGUGGGGACAAGUGCAGCUCUUUGGUGACCCUGGAGUGCAGUGUUGGAGAACUGCAGGAAAACGCAGAUGUUCCAGCUGCUCUUCCCCACGUGGAGCAGAUGGAGAAGUCGGUGAGUGCUGGUGACAGAGACCGGGCUUCGAAUGCAGGACACAAACAGCAGACACACCAAAGCAGUCCGACAGGUGUCGCAAGAGCAGAUGAUCAGGAACACACAGGAAGACCUCUAAAACCUGAGCUGGAACUAAAGCAUCACAGCGACAUACCAGAAAUGCCUCGAAACGUUUCCGACAUCCUUAAUAAAGAAUCUGCUGUGCUAGGUCCAGCACCAGCCCAGCAUGACCCUGGCACAGCAGCAGAAGAGGACGAGGCUGGAAGUAGUGCCGGGGUGCCAGAGGAUGCGUGCAGCUGUGAACACCUGCAAAACAUUUCUGGUGUGACCGUGCUUAAUUUGCAAGAGUGCAACGAGCAAAACAAAACCAAUCUCGAGGCAGAAGAAAACUGCUGCGGUAAGCAAAACUCAAACAAGCUCAAGCAGGGCAAUAAUUCUUUGAUCUCAGCUAGUCAGCAUGAAGAAGCAUGUCAGAGCGAUACGUUUUCUAAAGUAUCUGACAAGAAGGAGCAGCCAGUCAGCAUAUGCAGGAUAAAAGACAGCACUGGUGAAAGCCAUGCUUCUGCUGUAAAUGCUCUCCCAGGGACGCAGAAUUCAGCAAGUGCCACUAACAUAGCACAGACUUUGCCAAGUGCUCCUGAAAUAGCACAUGCUUCUGAUAAUUUUGAGAAAAAUGAACCUCGAAUAUCUAGCCCAGAAACUCAAGAGAAGCUGUCAUUAGUGGCGAAAAGCUCAGGAGAGACCGAGGGUCUGGCUGCCGAUGGGGGACCCAUACAGACAGACGGAAAUGUGCAGCUAAGUUGUGAGGACAGUGCUGCUGUUGACGAAACAAGCAAUGUGAAAAGCGAUAAAAGUCCAGGGGCAAAAGGAUGUCGUUCGCUGUUACAGGCUCACGGGGAAGCAGUUCCCACUGAUAAGCCUUAUAAACCCGGCUUCAUUCAAAAGACACCAGAGGAGCCUGGGUUUUGUCAAGCAAAUUUGACAGCCCCCCUUCCGCUGACCUCUGCAGUCAAUCAUCCUGGCCAGCAGGCUGGAAGCGAUGCAAACAACGGCACUGGGGGGGAAUUACUAAAUAAUGAGCUGGGUGCUGUGGCAUGCCAGAACGCCUUAGAAAGCAACUCCAAUUUGCAGAUGGCUCCAGGUUCUCAGGUGUCUGUGCAUUUAGGUCCUCCACCUGGGGUAAACGCAGGUGAAAGAGCCAACUCAGAACACAGCUCUGCAGGGGGCAGGCACGUCGGCGACAAAGAUGUUCCAAACCAAAGUUUUCGGGGAGAAGGAGACCGAAGUUUAACCCUGCCAGAGGCUUUAAACGUGGGGCAGAGUUCUGGAAACUUAUCACAGUUUAAUUCGGAGAAGCUGAAGAAAGAGCUAUGUGCAAUUAAAUCCAAAGAAACAAAAGGUGAUGUAAGCUUCAAAGCCCAGCAGAGUGACAGUUCAGCCGAGGCUCUGAUAGCUCUCCCUGCUCCAGAAGGGAAGCUGCUGAGCCUUUCAUCUGUUGGUAAACAAGGCGGCUGUAAUGAGGAAAUCGCAACCGGUAUCUGCGUAGAUGACAAGUACGGUAUGAUCUUAGAGAAACCUGGGAAUUUAGAAAAAAUGGAAGAGGUAUUAAAGGAGAAUAACAGCACAACCAGGGCAGAGAUCAGUAUUUCCAGGCAGUCUGCGGAGAAGGAGCAUGAGGUUCUGACUCCCAGCUCUCUGGGCAUCGGCUCCAGCCUCCCGGACUUCAGGGAGCACAUCAGCCAGAUAUUUAAGAAAACAGUCCACAGCACGCUGAGCGCUGAAUUACCCCAGCUUGCACCCGAAAACCAUGCAGGCUUCAAGCAGAGCACAGUGGCCGAGGGUAGGGCGCAGCUGUGCAGCGCUGAGAACUUGUCAGGAUCGGUCGAGGGGGGCAAAGCAGCUCCUGAGGGCACGUCGGAAGCAGAGGGGCCAGAGCUGCCUUUAGCUGCUGAGGCUUCCUGCACUGCUCCCGCACCUCUGCAACAAGAAAAUGCAGUGCCACCAGCGAGUCUCCGGGACGCUGAGAAAAGCAGGCAGCCUGCUGGCUGCUUAGAAAUGGUCCCGAGGUCGGAGGGCUCUGCACCUGCUGAGCGCUCUCUGGAAAACCUGCAGAAGCCAACCGGAAACACUGAGCACCCCGAGAGCAGCGAGAUGGAAAGAAAGGCAGGCGUGUGUGCUAGGGGUGUUGAUCCUGAAUCGCUAAUGAGCUUGGAGAGAAAGAAGCAAGGACCGGCUUCAUCUGCCGGGGCAGCAGCUGAGAACUUCCCUGCGUAUUCUGACAGGGAGCCAGAUCCCAGCGGAGCUGGGAUCUCUACAGGCGGCGUGCGGGAGAGUGACUUAGGUGAUGCUGCUACCACAGAGGAAAAUAACUUAAUUACAGAGGGUACUGCAGAGCCGGUUUCAUCUGAAGAGGAUGUAAGUUGUCAGCCCGAACACUGCCAGGAUCCUGAGCCAAAUGAAGAGGGGAAAAAUGAGUACAGUGGUCCAGACACUGCCAAGAGCAUCUCUGAUGUGGCAGCUUCAGCGCUUGUUCCGAGAGGAUCUUACAGUUGUGAAAAGCUGCCAGAAAACUUUAAUGUGUUACCUGGGGAAAAUCAGGAGACACGCGUUCCUGGCAAUCUUAUGCAUGACAUUAGGUCUCAGAAUGACACAGAGAUGAUACAGGAUGAGCCAGGAAAUAGGAAGUGCCUGGAAACAUCAGAAAGUACACAAGAUCCACAGCAAGAAAAGAAAGGGACCACGCAUGGGUUAAUGGAUUACUUAAAAAAUGAAGCCAGCCAGAAUGGUUGCUUGCAAACUGACUGUCAGCUAGAAUCUGGCAAUAUGACUGAGGGCAAUAUAAAAGAAAACAGUGGCACAGUGUUAAGCACAGUAAAGGCAGGUAACGAAAAAACUGGAGACAUCCCUGAAACAGGUACUGCGAGGAUGUUAGUCACCGGCGAGGGUGGCUUAGCUUUAAACACAAGGACUGAAGAGCUGCAGACAGAGCUGUGCAAAAAUCCCUCUGCACCUACUGCCGGGAUGGAACAGGCCGAGUGUUCUGAGUGUGCAGACCUCCCUGGUGCUGCAAAUCAGCCGGGCGAGAUGAAUUCAGAACAUGAAGGCUCACCUCAGGAUGCCACAAGAAAGCUAUCCCCGCUUGCAUUUAUGGAGCCUACGACACUUGACCUCAGCAAACUUCCAGACGUGGCUGUGGCAGGACUGCCUACUGAAAGCCCUCCUGGGCCAGGUGAUGAUAUACAGUUGGCUGCUGCCCUUGAUCCUUCUGAGCAACCGCUGCCCGUUCCUGCGGCUUACGGAAAUGUUGAGCCCGGGGAUGCUGCUGAGCUGACUGCAGCAAGCACUUCCAAGCCUGAUAGCUGCGACGAAGCUGAUAAGCUCGUUUCUGGGGAUGUACCUUCGGCUGUAGCCCCUGGUGAGGGUGUAGAGCUGCCUCCUCAAGAAAGUGAAGGCUUCGCGGAGGAAAUAAAGAGGAGCUCUGACUCAGAAGAAGCAUUUGAGACCCCGGAGUCCACCACACCGGUCAAGGCUCCACCAUCACCGCCCCAGCCACCCCCCGAAGCGGCGGCAGCAGUUGUAGCAGACCUAGCAGAACAAGAAAUAAAGCCCCAGCUGUCCUUGGAAGACGCAGGAUUAUCUUCGGAAACUGUCCCUGUAGCUGAUGUGUCCCACAGUGAAUCCGUUGAAGAAAGCCCCUUCCGUCCCGCUUCCCAUUCUUUUUCCACUGUCUUUGAUGAGGACAAGCCAAUAGCCAGCAGUGGAACGUACAACUUGGACUUUGAUAACAUUGAGUUGGUCGAUUCUCUCCAUGCCUUAGGACCGAGCUCUCCGGAAUCGAAGAAUCGUGACCCCAAAGCGAAUGUUCGAAGAAAAUCGACCGAUUCAGUGCCAGUUUCCAAAUCUACAUUAUCUCGGUCUCUUAGCUUGCAAGCUAGUGAUUUUGAUGGAGCGUCUUAUCUUGGCAAUAACGAGACGCUAGCGCCAGCAGCAGAUGCAUAUGGUACUGGUUCGAGUAGUGCUUCCAGUACCCUUAAGCGAACCAAGAAAUCCAGGCCAGCUUCCUUAAAAAAGAAGCCGUCGGCAAAAAAAUCUCUCGAUGCUCCGCCGGUGAAGGAAACGCCACAAGAGCCGUCUGACCUUGACCAAGCAGCUUCUGCCCCAGGUGAGGAUAAACCAACAUCUGAUGCAAAGGCUGACUCAGUAAAACCUGAAUGUACUGAACCUUCUAAAAUCUCUGCUGAGAAACAGGAGGCCCCGGCUGUGCCUGAGGGAUCCUACCCUUUGGAUCCAGACAGUUUUGAAGGGAUUAGUGCGUUUAGCACUGGAGGCAGCAAAGUACAAAACUCUCCCCCUGCCAGUAAGAAAACGCUACCUCUUACAACGGCACCUGAGGCUGUGGAGGUGACUCCGCCUGACACCGGAGGACAAGAGGACCCUCCGGUCAAAGGUGUUGCGGUGAGGCUGGAGUUUGAUUAUUCUGAAGAAAAAGGGAUCGGUGAAGACCCGCAGGAGAGCACUCCUCCUAAAAAAGCAGGUAAAAAGCCUGGUGCUAAAAUGCCACUACGGAGGCCAAAGACUAAAAAGUCAGUGGAAAAGCUUGAUAACGUUCCGACCACACCAACCAAGACACCCACUGAUCCAAAUGAGAUCCCUAUCACAAAAGGAUCUUACACUUUUGAUAUUGACAAGUGGGAUGAUCCCAAUUUUAACCCGUUCUCAUCUAGUACAAAAAUGCAAGAAUCUCCCAAACUGCCUCAACAAACGUACAGUUUCGAGCCAGACAUGUGCGAGGACUCUAUUGACCCUUUCAAGUCGUCUUCUAAGAUCGCCAGCUCGCCCACCAAAUCUCCAGCCUCCUUUGAGAUACCAGCCAGUGCCAAUGAAACAAACGGGACCGAUGGAGACAGCUUGAAUAAACCCGCAAAAAAGAAGAAGACGCCUCUAAAGACGAUGGUAGAAGAUGUGAUGUCUGUAUGUUCUCUGUUUGAUACUUUUAGGGUGAAAAAAUCACCAAAAAGAUCCCCACUAUCUGAUCCUCCUUCUCAGGAUCCCACCCCACUGCCUACUCCAGAAACACCUCCUGUCAUAUCCACGGUCGUUCAUGCGACAGAUGAGGAGAAACUGGCGUCUUCGGUGACCAGUCAGAAGUGGACCUGCAUGACUGUGGACCUGAACACGGAUAAGCAGGAUUACCCGCAGCCGUCUGAUCUGUCUACAUUUGUUAAUGAGACUAAAUUCAGCUCUCCUACCGAGGAAUUGGAAUAUGGCAACUCAUAUGAAAUAGAAUAUAUGGAGAAAAUUGGCUCCUCUGUGCCUCAGGAUGACAGCACCUCGAAGAAACAAUCUUUAUACCUAAUGUUUGACGCACAGCAAGAGAGCCCAGUCAAAUCGCCUCCUAUCAGACUGUCUGAUUCCACGACGCCGUGCUCAGGGUCAAGUUUUGAAGACCCUGAAGCCCAACAAUCCUCUGGAAUAAAAAUACAACAUCCAGCUUCCCGAGUCCUAACCACCAGCCAAGAGGCGCAUUUACAGUCCCCAGACAAGUCAAAACAGAAAGACUUGGAGCCCAUGACCCUAGGAACAACUCCAGAGGCUAUUGAAAUAACUUCUCCUGAAGACUCCUUUGUCUCUGCUGAUGCUCUUCUCAACAGGAUAUCUAAGAAAACCUCAAUAUGUGAUCAGCCUGAAUAUCUAGAUCCUGACUUAGCAGAAAAGAACCCGCCGGUAUUUGCUCAGAAACUUCAGAGAGAACCUGCUAUCCCAGCAGAUGUUUCCAUCUCUAAAAGUGCGCUGUACUCCCGGAUCGGCACCUCAGAUGCAGAAAGCACCACAAGUCUUCUCUACCCCCAGCAAGACUUAGACUCUGCACUACGACUGGCCAGAGCAGAGAUUGUGGCCAAGGAAAGAGAAGUAUCUGAGUGGAAAGAGAAAUAUGAAGAAAGCAGAAGGGAAGUGAUGGAAAUGAGGAAAAUAGUUUCAGAAUAUGAGAAGACGAUUGCUCAGAUGAUAGAGGAUGAACAGAGAGAGAAAUCUGUCUCCCAUCAUACUGUUCAGCAGCUGAUAGUGGAGAAGGAGCAAGCUUUGGCAGAUCUGAACUCAGUGGAGAAAUCACUGGCAGAUCUUUUCAGGAGAUAUGAAAAAAUGAAAGAAGUAUUGGAGGGGUUUCGAAAGAAUGAAGAAGUAUUAAAGAAAUGCGCGCAGGAGUAUUUAUCCCGAGUAAAGAAAGAAGAACAGAGGUAUCAAGCACUCAAAAUUCAUGCUGAGGAAAAACUGGACAGAGCCAAUGCUGAAAUUGCACAAGUGAGAGGCAAGGCUCAGCAAGAGCAAGCAGCAUAUCAGGCCAGCCUUCGUAAAGAGCAGCUGAAAGUGGAUGCAUUGGAAAGAACACUGGAACAAAAGAAUAAAGAGAUAGAAGAAUUAACAAAGAUUUGUGAUGAACUGAUUGCCAAAAUGGGGAAAAGCUAACUUUUAACCAAAUUUCUGGACUUCAAUACUGAGUGCAAUAUGACCAUUGGCACACUGAUGUCCAUACAUUUACGUGGACAGGUUAUAUUUUCACUUUUUCGUAUGCACUACUGUAUUUUCUUUCUAAAUAAAGUUGAUUUAAUUGUAUGCAGUACUAAGAUGACUAUCAGAAUUUCUUGCUAUUGUUUGCAUUUUCAUAGUAUAAUUCAUAGCAAGUUGAUCUCAAAGUUCCUGUAUCAGGGAGAUUGUCAAGUUCUCUAAGAAAUUACAAAUUGCUGAUCCUAGCCUUCCCUUUGUACAUGAGUUCCCAUGUUGGAUGUCUUUUGGAUUUAAUAUAAACAUGUACUACUUGCAUGGGGACUCUUGCCUUAAGGAGUGUAAACUUUAUCUGCAUUUGCUGAUUUGUAAAAUAAAAUUAAAAAUGAAAAAAAAAAUUAAAAUGCAUGUCACUUAAAUGAAAUUCUCUAUUGUAAAUAAAUUUUUUUCGUUGAAA